CAAUCAUCAGGAGAACUUUAUAAUAUUCUAUAUUUUAGACAAUAUCUUCGUAAUGGUACCAAUUAAACAAUGUGUAAUCGCAAAAUUUAACGCAACCUACUGAAUUUUAUGACGUUUUACUGUGAAUUGCAAAAGUUUCAUAUACAUUAACAAUAGAUACAAGUUAACGCUCAUCAUAAUUUUCCACUCUAUACCAAUCAUUUUUGUAUACUUAAAAGUAUCUUCUUUUUUAAGUACGUAAUUUUUGUCUUACGAAAAAAAAUGGUGGAUUUACACGGGAAAGAUAAAGGAAAUAUUUCAUUGCCAAAAAAAUUACAAUCGUACGAUGACGAAGACGAGAAAAACUUGCCGACGAUUAUUAAUACGCAACGAACUUUUUAUAGCAUUAAAAUUGCAGACAUUGAGAACAGAAUAAACAGGUUAGAUGAAAGAAACGAUGAAUUGCUGGACGAAAUUGAAACAACAAAUGAACGAUCAGCUGCGGCGGAUGCAGAAACCGCCGAAGAGAUCGCCAAUUUGAACAAAUCACUUUCAGCUCAAAAUAAUUCGAUAAAAAGCUUGAAGGAAAAUAUCGGCGUCGUAGAGAACGAUCGAACCGAGAACAGAAAAUUGCAUGAAAAAAAGAUAGAAUUGUUUGUUCAACAGUACAAGAAAACGAAAGUUGAAUUAAUUUCUCGUAUCAAAGUUUUGAGUAAUUUUAAAAAUUUCUUAUUUCUUUUAAUUUUGUUUUCAAUACAUUCUUCCACAAGUCAAGACAAAAUCGUUUUCAUAGAUGCAAGAAUUAACGUUCUGGAAGAUUUUAAAAAAAUACAACACGCAUUGGAAGAAAAGCUUGAAGCGAACCAGGUACAGAUGAUAGAAAACGAAAGAAAGAUAAAAGAAGCUAUGAAAAUUAUCAAUCGGAAGAAGGAAUUCGAUAAAGAAAUGCUCAAGAAUGAAAUGUACGAUUGUCUUCUCGAUUUGGCAACACAAUUUCAGAGAGAAGUUAAUAAAUAUAUAAAUUUACCGAAUCAAAGAUUAAUGAGGGAAAACAUCAUGUUAAAAAAUGAAUUAUUACAAAUUUCUACAAGAAUUUCGUCGAUUAUGGACGUUAAUAUCAUUCUUAAAAACGCAGUAAUUGAUCACAAGAAGAAAAUGAAUGUACAAACUGAACUUAUGAAAGGAAAUAUAGUAACUGCAAAAGUACAAAACGAGAUGUUAAAACGUUUGAGAAAGAAAUUCUACAAUACGAAAGGGUACUUUUCGUUUAUUAACGUCCCCGAUCCUGCAGUAGAACAGAAAUAUUUAAUGUUAAUAGAAAAAGCCCGUCAAGAAGAAAACGAUAUCAAUUUUCAGCUUUCAUCAUUAAAAACUUUGCUUCAUAAAGAAAGAACAAAGAUUAGUGUUACAAAAUAUAUUUUGAAAAAAUUGGAAUGCAAAAUAAAAGCGCUUUUAAAAACGAUUUAUGAUUUGAAAUAUAAUGCAAUAUGUUUACUAAAGCAUCCUCCCAGUCGUAAGGAUCUAGUAACAUUAAGUUGUAUUGAAUUAUUUUUGUUCCUGAGAGACUUAAUUAUCAAAGGACAAUCAAAAUUUCGAAGCCAUAUCAUCACCAAGUCGUUUGAAACUAUACCACGAGAAUUAGAAUCUGUCUCAAAUAUAAAAGAAAUCGCUGAAGAUCUUGAUUUUGAGAUGACAGUGGACUUUAUAGAAAAAGAAUUGAGUAAAGAAACUUUAGAUAAAAUGAAACAUAUUGAAGAUUUGGAGAAACAAAUGAAGAUAUCUAUUAAAAGUAGUGAGAAGUCUCAAGAAUUAUUGAUUGAAGAUACCUUCAAACAUACUGUCGAUUUUCAAAUAAAAAACCAACAUGAAUUACCUACAGAUUAUGAAUUUGCAGAGGAAUCAUUAUCUGAUGAAAAAUCUACAGAAGAAUCUACUAAGUAAAAUUGUUUCAAAAUCUACAUUUGAUUGAUUUAUUCAAUCAUUUUCUGAAAAUAUUGCACAUAAAAUUAUUCUCAAAUUAA